AUGGGCACCACGCCCGAGACGGUCGAGGACCUCAUCGCGCAGCUCUCGCUAGAUCCUGACCCCGAACGCGAGGCAAUUGCCUCAGAACUUGGCGUGCUGCAAAGCAUAUACGGCGAGGACGCGCUCAAGAUCUGGACGCCUCCGAGUCCAUCCGGCACUGUGUCCCCCGAUCGCGACGGACACGCCGCCAACCAUGCCGAGCCGGGCACUAUGCGUUUGGAAGCCACGCUCAGCAUAGAAGCAUCCUCGGGCGAUGACGAUGAAGAAGCUACCCACUCUAUAAUCUUACUCGUCUCGCUCCCACCAACCUACCCAUCCUCCUCCCCACCUCAGCUCCAGCUCCUCUCGCGCUACAUUGGUCCGUACGGCGUCGACGCGCCGCUCUUCGGUAUGGUUCUCCGCACGUUCAUCUCGCGCGGCGCCGUCGAGUGGACGCCUGGAGGCGUAUGCGUCUUCGACGGCUUGGAGUGGGUCAAGGAGCGCUGCAUCGAAUGGCUGGGCGAGCGCAUGAGCGAGAAGAGAGCGGGUGAGCUGCUACGGGACGACGAGCGGGGCAAAGCAGACGAGCUGCAGGAGGAGGGAAAACCAAGCGCGAGAGCAGGACGCGAACCUCCAGCAAUUCCAGCGGAGAUGCCCGCCGGGAUUACGCUCGUCGAGGCGGAACCCAUCGUAGACCGCAAGAGCGUAUUUAUUGGACGCGCGUGUCGUAUCGCAGAUCCUUCCCAAGUUCCGCCCAUUCUCGAGCAUCUCCUGUCGGACCGGCGUAUAGCACGCGCCGCUCAUCCUAUUAUAAACGCCUGGCGAUGUCGGGUCGGCGCAACGCUACAUCAAGACAAUGAUGAUGACGGCGAAACGCCAGCGGGAGGGCGCCUCGCACACUUGCUGCAGAUCCUGGAGGUUGACAACGUCCUCAUCGUAGUGACGCGGUACUUCGGCGGCAUCCAUCUCGGCCCGGACCGCUUCAAACACAUCAACCAAGCCGCGCGAAAUGCUCUAGAACUGGGCGGAUUCCUCGACACGCCUGACGAAGGAAACCUGGGUAGGAAACACGGUAAAGGGCGAGCGCACGCGAAGCGAUAACGUCGCACAGUCGAUCGUAGGGUAUAUAUACAGAAACAAGUACAUACUAAACUAUUUGCUACAGUGU